CUCCCAUCUCCUCCUCAAAUGUGCGCAAGCCAAUCAGCAGGCGGCUGGAGCUCUCGUGCUCUCUCUGCCAGAAGCAGCAGAAAUCCUUCUUAUCAAAGAAACGCACAACUGGAGAAGUCCAUUCACUCACAGCCUCUAACCAUGGGUCCUGCCUGCUUCUCCCUGGACGUCUGUUUGUUUUUCCUCAUCAUAAAUACUUUGGAUGUCAUGGGAAAUGUUGCAGUCGCAGAUGCCGACGAGUGCUCCGAAGCCACAGAUGACUGUCACAUCGACGCUCUCUGCCAGAACACUCCCAAGUCCUUCAAGUGCAUCUGCAAGACUGGUUACAAGGGAGAUGGCAAGCACUGCGAAGAUAUGGACGAGUGUGAAAACGACUACAAUGGCGGAUGUGUUCAUGACUGCAUCAAUAUCCCCGGGAACUACAGGUGCACUUGCUACGAUGGAUUCAUGCUGGCAGACGACGGGCACAACUGUCUUGAUGUGGACGAAUGUAUGGACAACAACGGCGGCUGUCAGCAAAUCUGCGUCAACACUAUGGGCAGUUAUGAGUGCCAGUGCAAAAACGGGUUCUUCCUGAGUGACAACCAGCACACCUGCAUCCACCGCUCGGAUGAUGGGAUGAACUGUAUGAAUAAGGAACAUGGCUGUGCCCAUAUCUGCAGAGAGACUCCCAAAGGUGGUGUGGCGUGUGAGUGCCGUCCAGGAUUUGAGCUGGAGGAAAAUCAACGUGACUGCAAAUUGACAUGUAACUAUGGAAAUGGUGGUUGCCAACACUCGUGUGAUGACACCGACGUGGGGCCUGUGUGUGGAUGUCAUCAGAAAUAUGCCCUGCAUUCGGACAGCAAGACCUGCAUUGAGAAAGAUGAGGCUGCAAUUGAGAGCUCUGAAUUCAAUACCACGUCAGUAGCUGAUGUGGACAAGCGGGUGAAACGUCGUCUACUUAUGGAGACCUGUGCGGUGAACAAUGGAGGUUGCGAUCGCACCUGCAAGGACACGGCCACCGGGGUGCGCUGCAGUUGUCCGGUGGGCUUCACUCUUCAACCCGACGGCAAGACCUGCAAAGACAUUGAUGAGUGUUUGGAGAAUAAUGGAGGUUGUGAUCAUUUCUGCCGGAACACGGUGGGCAGUUUCGAGUGCAGCUGUCAGAAAGGACACAAACUCCUGACCAACGAGCGCACCUGUCAAGAUAUUGACGAGUGUUCCUUUGAGAGGACAUGUGACCACAUCUGCAUCAACUACGCGGGAAGCUUUGAGUGUGUGUGUCACAAAGGUUACAGUCUCUAUGGCCUCACACACUGUGGCGAUAUUGACGAGUGCAGCAUUAAUAACGGGAGCUGUGAAUAUGGCUGCGUGAACACACCGGGCAGUUACGAGUGUGUGUGUCCUCCUGGACAAAAGCUCCACUGGAACAAGAAAGACUGUGUUGAGGCGGUAAAAUGCCUCGCGAAUGGGAAGCCGGCACCUCGUGCUCAGCUCAGCUGCACUAAAACAGGUGGAGGAGAGACGUGUUCGCUGUCCUGUCCAUCAAACGCCCUUUUCCUGGCUGACUCUGAGAACAGUUACACUCUGAGCUGCGGGGUGCCUGUCCAGCCAGGUAAAGUUCCACUGAAGAAGAACGUCACUACAUCCAGCAGCAGCUCCCUGCAAACCUGCACAGAGAUGCUGGCCCAGCCUGUGAAGCAGAAAGCACGGUUUAAGAUCAAAGACGCCAAGUGCCACCUGAGACCCCGCAACAAGGAGAAACACCGGGACACGGGGAAGCAGAGCCUGCAGGCAGCUGGUCAGUUACCUUGCACAGACGACUGUCAGGUGACGUUUGUGAAUCUGAAGUGCGACUCUUCCAAAAAGCGCCGUCGUGGCCGGAAGUCUCCAUCAAAGGAAGUCUCCCACAUCACAGCAGAGUUUGAGAUGGAAAUGAAAGAAGAGGAAGCCUCAGAAUCAUGUAAUGUGGACUGUGUGCGUGAGAAGACCAAACAGAGGCUUCAGAAUGCCAUGCGCACACUAAGGAAGUCCAUCAGUAAACAGCAGUUCUACAUUCAGUUCUCCGGCACGGCGUACGAGGUGGCCCAGCGUGCCGUGCGACAGACAGAAGGAGAUGAGACCUGCAGUAUAGGACAGGUCCUCACUGACGGGAAUUGCGUCAGCUGCGGUGUGGGAACGUUCUACAGUGGAGAACAGGAACAAUGCGUCAUCUGUCCGCCAGGAACCUAUCAGGACAGGGAGGGCCAGCUGUCCUGCGAGCCCUGCCCCAGCACCGAGGGACAGGGCAUCGCAGGGGCCAAGAACGUCUCUGAGUGCGGAGGCCAGUGCCCUGCCGGUCAGUUCUCUGCUGAUGGCUUCCGCCCGUGCCAGCCGUGCCCGCUGGGCACCUUCCAGCCUGAGCCGGGCCGUGUGGUGUGCUUCCCCUGUGGAGGAGGACUCUUGACCAAACACACGGCCAGCACGUCCUUUAGAGACUGUGAAGCCAAAGUUCACUGUGCUCUUGGGCAUCAUUAUAACGCCAGCACGCACCGGUGCAUCCGUUGUCCGGCUGGAACUUACCAGUCUGAGUCCGGACAGAACUACUGCAUCACCUGCCCUGGAAACACCACUACAGAUUUUGACGGAGCUAACAAUGUAUCUCACUGCAAAAAUCAGCUAUGCGGCGGUGAGCUGGGAGAUUUCAUGGGUUACAUCGAAUCUCCCAACUAUCCCGGUGACUAUCCAUCUAAUGUGGACUGUGUUUGGACCAUUAACCCUCCGAACAAGAGGCGCAUCCUUAUUGUUGUACCAGAGAUCUUCCUGCCCAUUGAGGAUGAGUGCGGGGAUGUUCUUGUCAUGAGGAAGAGCGCCCUGCCCACUUCCAUUACAACUUAUGAGACAUGUCAAACUUAUGAGCGACCAAUCGCUUUCACCUCCCGUUCACGCAAGCUGUGGAUCCAGUUCAAAUCUAACGAGGGUAACAGUGGAAAGGGAUUUCAGGUUCCAUAUGUCACUUAUGAUGAAGACUACCAGCAACUUAUAGAGGAUAUUGUUCGAGACGGUCGACUUUACGCCUCAGAAAACCACCAAGAGAUAUUAAAAGAUAAGAAGCUGAUUAAAGCUCUGUUUGAUGUGCUGGCCCACCCUCAUAACUACUUUAAAUACACUGUGCAGGAAUCAAAGGAGAUGUUUCCACGUUCCUUUAUCAAGCUGCUACGCUCCAAAGUCUCCAGGUUUCUACGGCCGUAUAAAUAGAAACCCGAACAUUUCUUCCACGACCCCGGCUCUAUCCCCAUCUCUCUUCCUGUCUUUUCUCCACUAGCUCCCAGAAGGCCUAACUACUGCAAGAAGAUAAAGACGUUUGGCCUUCUUCCUGUCUGAGAUUUGUCCAGUUGUCCUUUUUUGUCUUUGUAUGUUUUUUGUUUGCUAAUAUUUAUGUGCUUGAUUUUGCAAAAGCCCUCUUUGGAUGUUUGAUAUCUACAGUAUAUUUGUAAGUAAGUGUGUGUGUGUGCGUGUGUGUGUGUGUGUGUGUGUGUGUGUGUAUGUGUGCGUGCGCUUGUCUGU